UUAUCAAGUGCAAGGCGUGCAAACAAGGAGUAAAAAUGGAAGUAAAGAGUGAAAAUGAUAACAUGAUAGACGACACGUUCAAUUGCGAUGGAUACGAGAGACUACAUGACGAAAUUAUGGACCAAAUUUCUGUUAGCAUUCACAGUAAUUUUGAGGAUGCGUUCUCAAAGUGUUCAAAAAAUAAUCUUGUAAUAGCGGAUGUCGAGAAUCAAGUGGAAAAGAAGAUGAAAAUUAGCUUAUCGCAAGAGCAAUUGAAGUUGAAUAGCUGUAAAAACUUUCUGACAGUUCCGGUGAAUGUGAGAAAGGCGAGAUCUGCAAGUUUUUCGAUUGCUGAUGGUAAAGCAGCAAGAAGGAAUGUGAAAAUUCAUGCAGUCAAUGAAGUGGAUACUUUAAAAUUAUCGAACAAUUUAUUGACAGUAGAACGUGUUAAGCCAGACACUCUAAAUGAUAAUAAAGAUGAUAUCAAUGAAGUAAUUUAUGCAGUGCCACAAAAGCAUUUUUUACGUCCCACUACGUCUCUUUGUUCCGAUGUCAAUGACGUUAAAACUUCAAGUGCUUCAUUGGCGUCAACAAAAAGUAUUACACUUCCGCAAAUGAACAAUGAAGUGGAUUUUAAAUAUCCAUUAUCAUUUUACUGUAAAUUUUGCAAUAAAGUUCUUGACGAUCCGCGUGUUCUCGAUUGUUUGCACUCGUUUUGUUGUCAGUGCUUGGCACAAUUGGAUGCCAGUAGUGAUUUGCAUAAUAAUCAAUUUUGGAGGAAAAUUAGUGACUCGUCUUCAUACAAAGAACCCUCUGUACAGUCACGUUCGAGUGCUGAUUCUGAUACAAUAAUAAAGUCAAAUACACCGGAAAAGAAAUUUUCGUUGUCCGGAAGCUCGAAGAGCCCUCGCAAAUUUCUAUCAAAAAGUUCCUUCAAGGAUAAGUCACCUACGCGAAACGUUAAGGGAAGAAAUUCAUCAAUCAUUUCAUUUACGGAUAAACAAAAAUCCAUUAUUUGUCCCACUUGUGGUUUAACAACUGAAAUGACAAUUCAUGGUGUCUAUCGAUUGCCACAAAACACAUUAGUGGCACGAAAAAUUAAGAAAGCAAUUGGAAGCAAUCAAGAUACGAUGAACACAUGUCAACUGUGUAUGUUUGCGAAUAGUAAUGUGAGUAUUUGGGCCACAUCAAUAUGCAUGACAUGCAGUUUCAAACUAUGCACUACAUGUAAGGACACCCACAAACGUCACACAACAAAUCAUGAGAUAAAAAAGCUACAAGAAAAGAAAACAAAAAAGUCAUCGGAAAAGCUAGCAUCCUCAAAUGCAGCAGUAAAAUGUUUGAUUCAUUCAAACAAUGAUUUAAAAUUAUUUUGUACAACAUGCUGUCUUGUGAUAUGUUCGGAAUGUACAGUACUUAUACAUCGUGGUCAUAAGAUGACAUCGAUUGCAAAAGCAUCAAAGAUUUAUAUUGAAAUGUUAAAGGAUGCAAAGGACAAUACGAAGCCAUUAACGACUUAUGCAAUGCAUUCGAUGUCGAGAUUAAAUGAGAUUUCUAAGAAAAUUAAUCAAAAAUGUGAUGCAGUUGAGCAGGACGUUGUGACAUUUUUGAUGGAAUAUUUUGAGGCACUCGAGGUUCAUAAGCGUACGCUGCUGCAUCAAAUUGCACGAUGUCGUGAUAUAAAGAUGGAUAUGCUGCAAUCACAUCAGGUGGAUUUGGAGCGACGAACGAAUGAGGCAAAAGCAGCAAUCGCUUUUACCGAAAAUCUCUUGUCGGAUGGUACGGAAAUAGAAAGUUUAGUGCUUGUUAAUAUGCUUUUAAGGCGAUUUGAUGCAUGCCGUUCAUCGGAGAGAGCGCUCGAUAUCAAGAUUAAUGAUUCACUUCAAUUCCUUCCGGAGGUCAGAGCGCCAUUAAAUCAGAAGAAUAUUCCACUUUUUGGUAUAAUCACAACGCAAAUUGCUGUUGCUAGAAAUUGUACAUUGGAAAGUCUCAGAGGUCUUAUGAAUUUACGAGUUCACAAAAAGGCAGAACUUGUACUACAGACACGUGACAAUGAGGAACGUGCCAUGUGUCAUGGAUGUGCGGACGUUGAAGUGACAGUCUAUUAUCGUGAUGUUACAUUUAAGACACUUCCCGUUUAUUUAACCGAUAAACGUGAUGGAACAUAUUCAAUUAUUUUCCUGCCUGAUCAGCCGGGUCUGUUACAAAUUUCAAUUACAGUCAAUGGAAAGCCCAUUAGGGAUAGUCCAUUUACUGUUCGAGCUAGAAACUUACGACCGCACUCAGGCAUCUUUCAUUGCUGUUCAUUCUGUUCAAGUAAUGGAAAGAAGGUAAAUUCAUGUGCAUGUGGUGGCGUAAUGGAGAUUGAUGGAGUUAAAAGGCAAGGAUGUUGCGGACAUGGACAUGAAAAACAUCCCGGCAAGUUGACUUUCAACAUUAUUUCAUCACCAAAAUUUAUUCCUCAAUUUAAUUAUGAUUUGACUGAUUUUUUUUUAAAAAUUCUCAUUUUAGGACGACGACACUGGAGUUGCUGUGCGAGUCUCUUAGAAAAUUCUGAAUGUGCUAUAGCAAAUGCCAUUCCUUUGGAAAGUGUUAGUGAAAAUUAAAUCGAAAUUGUAGCUUGUAUGACAAUAAAAUGUCUCACAUUUAAAUAUAAUGUGUUCUU